AGGUGGAACUUCCGGCGGCCCGUGCGCAGACUCAGCUCCCCUUCGAAGCCAGCCCCCAGCAUGUCCGAGCUCGCGGCCCGGGGCCGCCUGUGGCUGCAGAGCCCCGUCGGGGGGCCACCCCCCAUUUUCCUGCCGGCCGGUGGUCAGGUCCUGCUCCUCGGUCGGGGACCCCUGACCCAGGUGACGGACCGGAAGUGCUCCCGAAACCAAGGUGCAAACCCUGAGUCCACCCCCUUCCCCUCAGUGGAGCUGGUUGCAGACCCUGAGACCCGGACCGUGGCGGUGAAACAGGGGUGGAGCCAGCCCUCGCCCCUCCCUCUUUCUCUGCAGCUGGGCGUUAACCCUUCGACCGCUGGGGCCCAGGAGUUGAAGCAAGGGUUGGAGGGCUCUCUAAGGGUGGGGGACACCCUGUAUCUGGUCAAUGGCCUCCACCCGCUGACCCUUCGCUGGGAAGAGACUAGCACGCCAGGAUGCCAGUCAGAUACUCCACCCGGUACCCCUCCGGUGACCCCAGAGGAGGAAGAUGCUGAGCCUCAGAAAAAGCGAGUGCGGAAGUCACCCUCAGGCUGGGAGAAUUUGGAGAAGUUGCUCGUGUUCACAGCACCUGGAGUGAAGGCCCAGAGCAAGGUGGCUGCCUUUGAUCUGGAUGGGACCCUCAUCACCACACGCUCUGGGAAGGUCUUCCCCACCAGCCCCAGUGACUGGAGGAUUUUGUACCCAGAGAUUCCAAAGAAGCUCCAGGACCUGUAUGCAGAGGGCUGCAAGCUGGUGAUCCUCACCAACCAGAUGGGCAUUGGGCGAGGGAAGCUGCCAGCAGUGGAAUUCAAGGCCAAGGUGGAGGCUGUGCUGGAGAAGCUGGGGGUCCCCUUCCAGGUGCUGGUGGCCACCCAUGCUGGCCUGAACCGAAAACCAGUGAGCGGCAUGUGGGACUAUCUGCAAGAGCAGGCCAACGAGGGCCUACCCAUCUCCAUUGGGGACAGCAUCUUCGUGGGAGAUGCAGCAGGACGCCCAGCCAACUGGGCCCCAGGAAGGAAGAAGAAAGAUUUCUCCUGCGCAGACCGCCUGUUUGCCCUGAACCUCGGCCUGCCCUUCGCCACUCCAGAAGAAUUCUUCCUUAAGUGGCCGGCAGCCAGCUUCGAACUCCCAGUCUUCGACCCAAGGACCAUCUCGCAAGCUGGGCCCCUCUGCCUCCCGGAAUCCAGCUCCCUCCUCAGCUCCAACCCCGAGGUGGUGGUCGCCGUGGGAUUCCCUGGGGCCGGCAAGUCCACCUUCCUCCAGGAUCACCUGGUGUCAGCCGGAUACGUCCACAUCAACAGGGACACCUUGGGCUCCUGGCAGCGCUGUGUGAGCUCUUGCGAGGCUGCGCUGAAACAGGGGAAGCGGGUUGCCAUUGACAACACCAACCCCGACGUCCCCAGCAGGGCCAGCCUGGCCUCUGCCGGCAGGUACAUCCAGUGCGCCCUAGCCGCUGGCGUACCCUGUCGCUGCUUCCUUUUCUGCGCCACGCUGGAGCAGGCACGCCAUAACAUCCGGUUCCGAGAGAUGACUGACUCCUCGCACGCGCCAGUGCCGGACAUGGUCAUGUUCAGCUACAGGAAGCAGUUUGAGCCACCUACACAGGCCGAAGGCUUCACCGAGAUCCUGCAGAUCCCGUUCCGGCCUCGGGUGCAGCCGGCGCUUCAGCGGCUGUACUGCCAGUUUUCAGAGGGCUGAGCCCGCCAAUAAACCUGCUGCUCCCAG